GUUUUCUUUUUUCUACCAUUGACUUUUGACAUUUUACUCUUCUUCAAAUUUAUACGAAGGAUAUAAUGCGACUAGUAUAUCAAUAUCUUACAUUUUCAGCUCUUGUAUGUUUGGGGACCUCAUCCACCGUCCUUCCUUUAGUUGAAGAUAUAUCGAGCGUGAAUCUAGAGUCCUGGAAACGGGCAACUGCACAGGCACCCAAGGGCUAUGCGCCAGGAUCCGUAGACUGCCCCUCGACGCGCCCGAGUAUUCGAGUAGCAAACGGCCUUUCAGACCAAGAGAAAUCAUGGCUAGAGAAAAGGAGAGGAAACACAAUUGCGCCUAUGCGCGAACUAUUGACGCGACUAAAUAUAACUGGGUUUGACGCUGGAAAAUACAUUGACGAGCACCGCGACAACAUGACCACAAUACCCAACAUUGCAAUUGCGUUUUCCGGAGGCGGUUAUCGGGCCAUGACAAACGGUGGUGGAGGCCUGGCUGCGUUCGACAGUCGUACACCAAAUUCCACGAAUACCGGCCAAAUUGGUGGACUGCUGCAGUCAGCCACCUACAUUGCGGGACUCUCAGGGGGAGGAUGGCUCGUGGGCAGCGUUUAUUCUAACAACUUCACAUCGGUGCAAAGUAUCGUUAAUCAGAAUAACCACGGUGAUCUCUGGCAGCUUGGUAACUCGAUUCUAGAAGGACCGGCAACUGGAGGCAUUCAGCUACUCUCGACCGCUGAAUACUACAACAAUCUAUACAAGACUGUGAUUUCAAAGCAAGACGCAGGCUUCAACUUCAAUGUCUCUCUUACAGACUAUUGGGGUCGCGCUUUAUCCUUCCAGCUCGUCAACGUAUCCGAAGGCGGUCCCGGAUACACAUUUUCCUCAAUCCAAGAUGACAACGACUUCAAGAACGGAAAUGUACCAAUGCCUAUUCUUGUUGCAGAUGAGCGCGCACCCGGAGAAGUUAUCGUUUCAUUGAAUACAACCGUCUUUGAGUUUAAUCCGUGGGAAAUGGGAAGCUUCGACCCAACGCUCUAUGGAUUCGCACCUCUGAAAUAUAUUGGGUCGAAUUUCACUAGGGGGCAGCUCCCUAACAAUCAAGGUUGCAUUUCGGGCUUUGACAACGUAGGCUUUAUUAUGGGAACCAGCUCUUCCUUGUUCAACCAGGCCAUUCUGCAGCUCGACUCCUUUUCGGGAGUCCCGGAUCUUGUCAAGAACGCUCUAAAAGGUGUUCUUGAUGGUCUAGGCGCAGAUAGUAAUGACAUUGCAGAUUACACGCCGAACCCAUUUUACCAUUUCCAUAACAGUACGAAUCCGAGCGCGCAGGCAGAACGCUUGACACUCGUUGAUGGUGGUGAAGACCUUCAGAAUCUCCCGCUCAACCCGCUCAUCCAGCCCGUUCGAAAUGUCGAUGUAAUCUUUGCCGUAGAUUCUUCUGCUGAUACCGUCCCACCGACCGAAUCAGCGCAAAACUGGCCCAACGGAACCGCUCUGGUAGCCACUUAUGAGCGCUCGACCAACGCUUCAAUGCAGAACGGCACCGCUUUCCCCUCUAUACCCGAUCAGAACACGUUCGUCAAUCUUGGUCUCAACAACCGACCGACAUUCUUCGGCUGUAACGCCAGCAACCUUACCGGACCAGCUCCGUUGAUAGUGUAUCUACCCAACUCACCAUAUGUCUACAACUCGAAUACCUCGACCCUCCAGAUGGACUACAACAAUACCGAGCGAAACGCCAUGAUCCAGAACGGCUACAAUGUCGUAACCCAGGGUAACGGAACUCGGGAUGCGCAGUGGCCAACGUGCGUUGGCUGUGCCAUUCUUUCUAGAAGCUUUAACCGCACAGGAGCCACUGUUCCUGAUGUGUGUCAGCAAUGCUUUAAGAAGUAUUGCUGGGAUGGAACAGUUAACUCAACGAAACCAGCCCCGUACUUCCCACAAAUGAUCUUGAAGGAGAUUAAAGUUAAAAGCGGCGUUGACAGGUUUGCUCCUAGCUUCCUAGGAAUUGCCCUAGCUAUAGCGGCUUCUGGAUUCCUUAUGAUAUGAUAAUUUAGACAUAGAUACCUUGUUCUAGAUUUGGCUAACUGGAUUUGGCUGGUAGGAUAUGCAUUGGUAGCGUCUGUUUUACAGCGCAGCUUUUGUUCAGUGUAUAUAUCGUAUGCUCAGUGAAGAUUUUACAUAAUCUCUGAGGAACUAUGAAUAGUUCAAUACAAUGGAGAGAGAGAUGCAUGAAGCAC